AUGUUCUCGAGCUGGACAUCGUCAUCUUCAAAAGCCUUCGCUGCGGUAGCCUCAUUCCUCUCCCGACGUGAUUACUCAACACCAGCAGCGACCACCGGCAUGGCGAAGAAGACUCCCGUCUACUUUUUUAGCCACGGCGGCCCAACUGUCCAGUACAACACCGAGCAUCCUGUGUAUCCCGUGCUUCAGGAGAUCGGUCGCGAGAUCACACAGAAGGUCAAGCCCAAGGCGGUGGUUGUCUUUUCGGGCCACUGGCAAGCCACGCCGAACUCGAUACGAGUCAAUCAAGCUGAGCACACUGAUCUCAUUUACGACUUUUACGGCUUCCCGGAUCAUUACUACAAAGCCAAAUACCCCAAUCGGGGUAGUCCGCAGUUGGCUAGCCACGUCUUAGACUUGCUCAGCCAAGCUGGCAUCAAGGCCGAAGGAGUUUCGCGAGGUCUCGACCAUGGCGUAUGGGCUGGAUUCCAUGUCGCCUUUCAUCCGGAGGAGAACCCCUUGAAUGUUCCUUUGGUGCAGGUCUCACUCUACCACUCCGAGGAUCCUGACGCCCACUACCGGCUUGGGAAAGCGGUUGCUCCACUCCGAGAAGAAGGUGUUGUAAUCAUCGGCGCAGGGAUGUCUGUGCACAAUUUACGGGAGCUCGUCUUUGACGGCGAACCGAUGCCGUACAGCGUGUCCUUCGACAACGCGCUGAAGGAGGCCGCUGAGGCCCCGCCGAGCGAGCGCCAGAAGAAGAUGGCUGAAAUCUGCAGGCGGCCGGACGCGAAGCAAGCACAUCCGUGGAUGGACCAUCUGAUGCCCAUUCAUGUCGCUGCCGGUGCGGCGGGAGACGACGCGGGAAAGCAAACGUGGACGAUGCAGGAAGGCAGCUUCGGCUGGGCACAAUAUCGUUUCGGAGAGGUUCCCAGCUCACAAUUAUAA